AUGUAUUUUGCUAUCAGGACGAUCAAAAAAUCAUCUUCGGUGAUCUGCGCUGCGAAUGUUUUUUACCAGCAAAAGAUGUGUUUGGCUGUGAGCACAGGGAAGUACAUAAAUUUCUACGAAAUAGUUGCUGGCAAGCUUAAAAAAAUAGGAGAUUUGCAGUUGGGCUCCUUUGUUGUGUCCAUAAUUCCGAUCGAGAGCAAGAAAUUUGUUUUGAUAUCUCUUGACAACCAAUAUGUGGUCUUUAGCGAUCAGAAAGUCGUGAAAAGAGGAAGAGUGUCAAAGGAGAGGUUCUGGAGAGUGGAGAAUAAAAUACAGAAAUGCGUGUAUUCCAACGGAAAGAUAGUGAUACUGUUCAACAACAACAAGCUGAGCAUAAUGCAUGUUGCCAGUAAUAGUAUAAAAAUAGAUGACAAUCUUAAAGACCUGCUGGCGUACAAUGUGUACGACAUCCUGGUGCACAAGAAUGAGAUAGUUGCUUUGCUGGGCGAUAUCGAGGGCAAGACAUACAUCCACCACUAUCUUUUCAAGGAGAACAAGAAGGGAAUCAUGUUCAAAGAUAGGAAGAUCAUGUCAAACGCACACAGGAUACUUAUGGCGAGUGACAAGUUGUACGUAUUCAGGGACGGGAUGGUUACGAUUAUCGAUGACGACAACCAUGUGGACAUGCAGUUCGCAAACCCGUCCAUGAUAAAUGGUAUAGAAUACAAAAAUGGACUGCUAUUGACAAUGGAGGAUAGAGAGUUGGUGUAUAUCUGUGACAAGGUAAGUAUUCUGCACCGAUUCAGCGAUACAAUUGAUUGCGUUGUUCCAACGAAUGACUUGCUGUUCGGACUGUCAUUUUACGGCCACAGCAUUCUUUUCCAGAUUCAGAACACCGUAACGGUCACAGACACGCUUGAGAACGUUUCACAGCCCACAAAUUUGCAUUUUAGGAAGGACCUGCACUUUUUAUCUGGGAUGAACUUCAACAACUCGAUGUGCGAGAUGAGCUAUAAAAUACCGGUAGAAUACGAAGAGCACAUUAACUUUCCUAAGAUUGUGAAAAGAUCCUGGAGGUACGAUGAGUACCUCAUCGUGUCGUUUCUAAACGAGGGGCUGAUAAUGAGGGGCAAGACGGUCUGGGAGAAGAUAGGAGAGAUACAGAACUUGAAGGUGCUUGAUAAUUGCUGUGUGUUCAACACCAAGACGCACAUCUACAAGCUAACAACCUUUCUUACGGCCAAGGAAUCAAAAAAUAUCGUUCUGUCGGAUAUUGGGGAUGAUCAUGUGGUAGUGUACACAGACUCACAGGAAAUAGAUGUCUAUGACACGCAAAACUUCUUCCUACGCUGCGCAAUUGUGUUUAACGCGGAGAUCAGCCUGAUAAAAUGCGUAUCAGAUCUUGUGAUGGUGUCCACUUUUGAUAACAAAAUGCAUAUUUUGAGCAAGGACUUAGUAAAAGUCAAGGUUUUCGAUUUUGAGUGCCUGAAAAGCGCACAGCAAAUGAGCAACGCCUAUUUAAUUGUAAGUACACUCACAUCAAGAAUUUAUGUGAUGGACCUGACCACGCAGCAGGCCAAACUGCUCUUCAAAAUGGAACAUAUCAUACACUUGGAGAAAUACAGGGAUGGUGUGUUUGCUGUUGGUAAAAAUGUAAUUUACAUUAGCAAGCAGUUGGUCUGCUAUGAUACUGAACUGAAUGAUCUGUCUUCGAUGCAUUGUGGUGAUGUUCUGCUAUUUACCCGAGAGAAGUCCAUUUUUACAGCAAAACUAGGGCCUGAGCCGGUGUUCAAGAUCAAAAAGAGAGCAAUCGAAGGGGAAGGUCUUUUUUUGACACAGGGCAGACACGAUUUUUACCUAGGAUACAGACAAGACUGCUCAUCGAUCCUUACACACGUUAAGAGAGGCAAAGAGCGUAAUAUAACGAUUGCUAAUGAAGUGAUACGCUCAGCAAAGAGAAUAAACAAAUACCUCGUUGUAGCAACGAAUUACAAAGACUCUCAGGACAACAAUUUUUCGAAGCUGAUUUUGAUAAAAAGGAUGAAGAAGAUCUAUGAGGUUUGCAAGCAGGGUGCGCUAUUCUCCAUUGAUGUGUAUAAGGACUACAUAGCUACAUCACACGGUGUUUUUCUGACGAUCUAUAGCGUUUUGAACCAGGUACUGGUCGAGCUUGCACAGAUACCCUGUCCUAUAUUUCCAUGGAAAAUCAGGUUCAACGCGUUUAACCUGAUGAUAUGUGACGUGUUCCGCUCUUUCUCUGUUUAUCAGUUCGAUCCUGAGACCAAUACCAUCAUAGAGAGAAACCGGUGCUUCGAAAAGUUCGUUGCUGAUGAAGGAAUAGAAAUCGAUGACGAGUAUUUGGUGUCGGAUGCAAUCGGUAACCUGUUCAACUGUGUUAGUGAUGAUUUGGACAACGAAAUAAUCAAGCAAGGAAGCUUCAACUACCAGGAGGGAAUAAUAUGCAUUGAAAGAGGCUCGCUGAACAUAAAGAAAGACGGAGACACGUACUAUUUCUCGACCAGCUCAGGAUCGAUAGGCGUUAUCAAAAAAUACGAGGAUAAUCAAAUACUUGACCAGAUCAAGAAUGUUAUUGAGGUGAUCGGAACAAACUUCGUGUUUAAUUAUAACGAUGCAACGGCCUAUGAAACAGAAGAUGGCACGAAAGGAUCCAUUUGUUUCAUAGAUUGCGACGUGCUUGCCAAUUACAGGGAGUUUAAAGAUGUUAUUUCCCGAUUUUGUUCCAACUAUGAUGAUAUUGAGCCGUGGAUUGAGGAAUUGGUCAACAUCCAUUAACUAAAGUUAUGCUAUUCUGUAUUUUGUGGUUUACCCGAUGCACAUGUACCUGUAAAACACUUCAUGAGAUGUGUUUUUGAUAGCAGUUUUGCUGCACGCCAUUAGAUAAAUAAUCACUUACAGAUCGAAGCGGAAUUAAUGGCAUAACAGGUAAAUUAUCGAUGAGGAGUGUGGAGUGGGAAAUAAAGUAUUUUUAGUGAAA